CAUAAUACGAAAAUAAAUAUAUUUUUCUCCUAGCUCCACUUUCUAUGACAUUUCAAAACUUCCGGUAUAGAAUCAACACGUGCAAAACAAAAUGUCAGAUAAAAAUCGAAAUAAGUUACCAAGUAAUUUGCCGCAGCUACAAAAUCUUAUCAAGCGUGAUCCUGGAUCGUACAAAGAUGAGUUUAUGCAACAGUACAGACAUUACGAGUCAAAUUUACAAAUUUUUCAUCUUCAACCUUCAACCUACACAAAGACUUUGGAUGAGCUGGUGCUUUUCAUUGCACAGGUUUCACAAUGUUAUCCAGAGGAGGUGUCAGAUUUUCCACAACAUUUACAGGAUUUACUUAGAAGACAUGCCACUGUUCUGGACAAGACAAUGAGAAUGACUUUUUGUAAGGCACUGAUCCUGCUGAGAAACAAAAGUCUAAUCCCAGCGACUGGUGUCCUUGAGUUGUUCUUUGAAUUGUUCCGAUGCCAGGAUAAACUACUAAGAAAGACUCUCUACUCUUACAUCGUCAGCGACAUAAAAAACGUCAACUUUAAGCACAAAAACGCCAAGCUGAACACAACAUUGCAGAACUUCAUGUACACAAUGCUGAAGGACAACAAUGUGAUAGCUGCCAAAAUGUCACUGAGUGUCAUGAUAGAGUUAUACAGAAGAAAUAUAUGGAAUGAUACCAAGACGGUCAACGUUAUAGCUACAGCCUGUUUCUCUAAAGUUACCAAGAUAUUGGUCACUGCAAUGAAAUUUUUCCUUGGCCAUGAGGAGGGAGAGAAAGCUGCAGAGAGUGACAGUGAAGAUGAAGUUGAUAAGAAAAAAGAGAAAUCAAGAAAGACAUCAAAGGAGCUUAUACUUGGGAACAGAGUGGCAAAAAAGACGAAAAAACGACAGAAAAAAUUAGAAAGGGCACUUCAAGCCAUGAAGAAAUUUAAGAAGAAGCAUAAAAGUGAAUCUUUUAAUUUUUCUGCUCUUCAUCUUCUACAUGAUCCACAAGAUUUUAGUGAGAAGUUAUUAAAACAGUUAGAAGCAACAAACGAGAGAUUUGAAGUGAAACUGAUGAUGAUAGAUUUUAUCUCACGACUCAUCGGUAUCCAUGGGCUUUUCCUUCUCAACUUUUAUCCUUUUGUACAAAGAUUCCUCCAACCCCAUCAAAGAGAGGUGACUCGGUUACUGUUGUAUGUGGCGCAGGCUAGUCACGACUUGGUUCCUCCGGAUGUGUUGGAGAGUGCGAUUAAGGUGAUAGCCAAUAACUUUAUCACAGACAGAAACUCAGGCGAGGUGAUGGCAGUCGGUUUGAAUGCUGUAAGGGAGAUAAGUGCUCGAUGUCCGCUAGCUCUCUCCGAAGAUCUCCUACGGGAUUUUGUGCAGUACAAAACACAUAAAGAUAAGGCUGUGAUGAUGGCAGCUCGGGCUCUGAUUGCUCUUUACCGGAGAGUCAAUCCUGAACUGCUGCACAAGCGUGACAGGGGAAAGCCAACAGAGUCCACAGAGGAACUUCAGACGCUGCAUUAUGGUGAUCGCAAAACACGGCAGGCAGUACCUGGAGCAGAAAUUCUGUCAGGCGAGGUAGAGCUUGGCGAGGGAGAGACUGAGAAAGCAGAGAUCUCUAAAGAAUGGGAGUCUUGUAGUGAAGAUGAGGAUGAUGAUGAAGAUGAUUGGAUAGAUGUCCAUCAUUCCUCUGAUGAAGAGCAGACAGAAGAUCCAGUGGCUGGACUCUCUCUGGAGGAGAAACGACAAAAAGCAGAAGAUGUCUCCACAAAUCGCAUCCUCACACAGGAAGAUUUCCGUCAAAUUCAGCAUCACCAGGCCCGUAAAACUACCGAGAGUUCCAGUAAAGGAAAAGGCAAGAGAAAGCAUGUGGAAGUGGACCUCGACGAAAACAGUGACAGACUGAUGCUGUCCACGAUUGAAAAUGUCCACAAGAAGCGAGCCCACGACAAGGAAUCCCGCCUGGCCACUGUGAUGGCUGGGAGAGAGGGUAGAGAGAAGUUUACACACGGUCCACAGAAAAUGAAUCCUAACGCCAGCACUACAAAUAAAGAGAAGGCAAGAGGGAAAAACUUCAUGAUGGUCAAACACAAGCUGGGGAGAAAGAAGGGAAAGCGUUCCUUCAGGGACAAACAGAUGGCCCUGACCAAAGCAUUGUUACGUAGACAGAAAAAGAAUUGAGGGGUUUAAAAUAUUUUGGGACAAUUUAAAUUCUUGGAAUGAUUUUCAACAGGCUGUCAGUACUUCGAAAAAAUCACUCAAAAUUUCUAGAUAUUAUAUCAGAGAGAUAAAAUGAUUGUGAAAUUGA